AUGGCCGCGUAUAGAGGCUGUGAACGGCACAUAGCCUUCCUCGAGCGCGCCCAAGGCCAGCAGCUGCGCGGAGGGAAGACGGCCAGAAACGGGAAAACCGCAUUCCGCGACUCGCAGAACUGGCCAGCAACCGGUCGGCCACAAAGACGACGACGCCGCCGGACACGUGGAGGUCGACGCGCCGGAUACAACCCAGCGCCGCCAGGGGCCAGCACCUCCCGGCCGAGUACGCAGAGGCAGCCGCCAACAGUCGGUAAGGCAGCUCGCGACGCGACCGGCAGUGCAGUCCCAGCCACCUCCCUUACGCGCGAGUCUCAAAACUCGCCGCGAGAGGGCAGCACCUCCCGGACGCAACCGGGAAAGCCAGCCGCCGAGUACAGCUCGACGCCACCAGAGGGCAGCAGCAUGCAGACGUUGCAGCCAGCAGCCGGUAAGGCAGCCGCCACGGCUACCUACAACACAAUCCCGGAGGCCGCUACCACGACGGAGUCCCGCAACCCGCCGCGUGGUGGCAGCACCUCACGGACACAGCUAGCGGCAAGUGACGCCCAGAGAGGCGCGCCGCUCACAGGUGGCAGCACCGCACGGCCGCAGCCGGCACCCCGUGCUAACGCAUGGGCCCGGCAGCGAUCAGCUGAUCUGACGGCAGCCACUGCUGCUACCGGGCGCGCGCAACGAGCGCGCACAAAUAACGAAGACGCAGCCCCCGGGCGGCGCCCUCCGAGAAUAGACAGCCCCGUUGACUUCCCGGAAAUGCGCCAGCGCGGAAGCCGCUACCAACAGCGGCACAUCGACGCGCCCCAUCCUCCAAAACAACCACAGGAGGAAGACAAGGCCACCCAAAUGCUGCAGCUGUUGGCAGGCCUCAUAGACAGGGUCCUCCAUGUGAUCGAGGACCUUCCAAACAAAUACGCGGCGUCUGUGGAGCAGAUCACACAGACGAUCACCUUGGCCAUCUCCACAAAACAUCAUGGAUAG